AUGCUCGGAACAUCUGUAGAGAAAAAGUUUGAAGAGCUGCAAGUUGAAGAGCUCAGAGCUGAACGUCAAGCCAAAAUAGAUGAACAAAUAAAAGACAAAGGCAAAGGAGUUGAAGGAAGUUCUGCAGUGACAGAAAGAUCGAUUUUUCCUUCAAUGGUGGUUGAAAAUCUCGAGCCUAUCUCUGUUGUUUCUGGUCUGUAUGAGGAUUAUACUCCUAUGGAUGAGUUGAUUGGAGAUAGUGAUGAAGAUGAUGAGGAGGAGGAUGAAGAGGAAGGUGGCAAAGAUGAGAAAGUCUAUUCUGCGAGCAAUCAUGGUUCAGGUAAAGAUGAUGAUGACGAUGAUGCUCAGGGUGGUACAGGGUUGAAAGUUACUGAAGCUUCUGCUGAACAGAAUGUUGAUAAUUUGAUGAAUGAUUCCGUGAACGAAGAAUCAGGGGGAGCUGAUAGAUAG